GUUGUGGACAUCCCGGAUGACUUUCCUUUUAAGGUUCAAGAUAAAGCAGGAAAAAGAGUUAUUGUUCUUACAAGAGAUUACGGUGAAGAGACCAUAAAUAUAGUAGUGGACAUGCCUAAUUCCAGAUGUGAAAAUGUUGAAGAUGAUGCUGUUAACAGUGAGGAAGAGAGUGAGCCACAACCUAGUAUUCCAUUGUCUGUCACCGUGUCAAAAGAAAAUGGCUUGUCAUUAGAGUUUGAUGUGAGAGCUUUUCCAAAUAAAAUUUCAAUUUGUGGCAUGUCCAUCAAGGAGCUAAAAAGUUCGAGCAAUCAGCUAAACUAUAGAGGGCCUGCUUUCUCAUUUCUAAAUGAAAGUCUUCAGAAGUCUGUCUAUGAAUAUCUUGAAGCCAGAGGGCUGACGGGCAGCACUGCUAACUUUAUGCUGGAGUAUGUAAUUAGCAAAGACACCAAGGAAUAUAUCCGGUGGCUUAAAAACAUCAAGAAUUUUGUCGAGAACUAGCAUCCUUUUUCAUGGAUAUUUAGAACCUGUUGAUGGUGUUCUGGUGUUCUUACUAAAGAAACAUUGGGCUAAUGUCAGACGAUAGACGAUGAUGGAUGGAACGUCAAAGUUGGUAAGAAAUAGCAAUAGUUAUAACCACAUCAAACUUCUUUGCAGUAAUACUGGCUAUAAUAAUGAACAUCAGUGGAGGGAAUUCUUGUAUAAAUUAGAGCAUUUUUGUGAUUUUGUUCACUGAAUUAGUUUUCUUUCUCAGGCAAUUCAUGUAUACUUCAGACAAAAGAUGAAAAUAAUAAUGUUAUUGCAUGAAUUGGCAACUUUCUUAAGUUGCUGCAACAUACAGAUAUCAACUUAAAG